CCAUUCGAUAUUGAUGAGAAACAUGUCAUCUCUAAGUCAGAACAAAAGUGCAACAACGUAAAUUGUUUCGGGAGUUUCUUAAAAUAAAUCAAUCAAAAUUUCAUCAAGUUCAAGAUGGGAAAGAAAAACAAGUAUAAGAAAGAAACGGAGGAGCCCAAGGCAGCAGCUCCUCCUCCACAGCAGCAACAACAACAACAACAACAAGCACCAAGACAGCAAGAACCCCAAGCAUCCACAAGCUCCGCGGCUUCUGGCUCUAGUGCUCAAAAGGUUGGUGGAGGAUGGCAGAAGCAAGCUCCAGGUCAUCAGCAAAAGGUUCAAGGCUGGAGCCAGCAGAAAAAAUCAGCCCAGGAACAGCAGUCCCGUGGUGUACUACAGCCAGUGAACGUUCAGGAAGGUCCACAACAACAGCAGCGAGGGAGACAACAAGAUGGAAAUCAGCAGCGUCCACAACAACAGCAGGGACAGGGACAACAAGGUGGAUAUCAGCAGCGUCCACAACAGCAGGGACAGGGACAACAAGGUGGAUAUCAGCAGCGUCCACAGCAACAGCAGGGACAGGGACAACAAGGUGGAUAUCAGCAGCGUCCACAACAGCAGGGACAGGGGCAACAAGAUGGAAAUCAGCAGCGUCCACAACAACAGCAGGGACAGGGACAACAAGGUGGAUAUCAGCAGCGUCCACAACAGCAGGGACAGGGACAACAAGGUGGAUAUCAGCAGCGUCCACAGCAACAGCAGGGACAGGGACAACAAGGUGGAUAUCAGCAGCGUCCACAACAGCAGGGACAGGGGCAACAAGAUGGAAAUCAGCAGCGUCCACAACAACAGCAGGGACAGGGACAACAAGGUGGAUAUCAGCAGCGUCCACAACAGCAGGGACAGGGGCAACAGCCGGGACAGGGACAACAAGGUGGAUAUCAGCAGCGUCCACAACAGCAGGGACAGGGACAACAAGGUGGAUAUCAGCAGCGUCCACAGCAACAGCAAGGACAGGGACAACAAGGUGGAUAUCAGCAGCGUCCACAACAGCAGGGACAGGGGCAACAAGGUGGAUAUCAGCAGCGUCCACAGCAACAGCCGGGACAGGGACAACAAGGUGGAUAUCAGCAGCGUCCACAACAGCAGGGACAGGGACAACAAGGUGGAUAUGAUCAGCGUCCACAACAACCGGGAAGGGGACAACAAGGUGGAUAUCCACAGCAACAGCAGGGACAGGGAAGUCGGAGUCAAUACCAAGCCCUUCCUCCUCAAACAGAAGGCACCAUCAAACGAGGAACACUCGGCAAACCCGGUCAGGUGGCCGUUAACUAUUUGGACAUUGACAUGUCCAAAAUGCCGGAAAAGGCCUUUCACUACGAUGUAAAGAUUAUGCCAGAACGCCCUAAGAAAUUCUACAGACAAGCAUUCGAACAGUUUCGCAUUGAUCAAUUGGGCGGUGCAAUUGCCGCCUAUGAUGGCAGAGCAUCCUGCUACUCAGUUGAAAAACUAAAUCUUAAGACUCAGAACGCGGACGUGACUGUGAUGGACAGUAACGGUCGCUCUCUUAAAUACACGAUAGAACUUAAAGAGACUGGUGAUGCGGAAAUCGAUUUAAAAUCGCUGAACAACUAUAUGAAAGAUAAGAUCUUUGAUAAGCCGAUGCGUGCCAUGCAGUGUUUGGAGGUAGUGAUGGCUUCACCCUGCCACAACAAGGCAAUUCGCGCCGGUCGCUCAUUCUUCAAAAUGUCCGAACCAGGUCAACGCCGGGAACUAGAAGAUGGAUACGAGGCCCUGAUCGGUUUAUAUCAAGCUGUCAUAUUGGGCGAUAAGCCAUUCUUAAAUGUUGAUAUAUCGCACAAGUCCUUUCCUAUGGCUAUGACGGUGUUAGAGUAUCUAGAGCGAUACAGUCUAAGACAAAAAAUAGACAAAAAUACAAAUCUGAAUUUCUCUAGGAGGCAAAUUGAGUCUUUCCUUAAGGGCAUCAAUAUUUCUUACACUCCACCUGAAUCGUUUGGCAGCUCAGCAAGGUCCUACAAAGUAAAUGGGCUUUCUAUGAACCCUGCAAACGUCCAGACCUUCGAGUACGAGGGCAAGAAGGUCACAAUUGUGGACUAUUUUAAGAAUCGAAACUACAUGAUGAAAUAUCCCAACCUACAUUGCCUGCAUGUAGGGCCUCCCGUAAAAAAUAUUUUAGUGCCCAUCGAACUCUGCACCAUUGAAGGAGGUCAACCAUUGAAUCGCAAGGAUGGAACCACUCAGGUGGCCAACAUGAUCAAGUAUGCUGCCACAUCGACGAACGAGCGAAAAAGCAAGAUUAUUGGUUUGCUGAAAUUCUUUCAACACAAUAUGGAUCCGACCAUUAGUCGCUUUGGUAUCCGUAUUGCCAACGAUUUUAUUGUGGUUAGCACCCGCACUCUUAAUCCACCGCAGGUUGAAUACCAAGGAAACAAGUGGUGCGCAGUGAGGAACGGUUCAUGGCGUAUGGACAACAUGAAGUUUUUAGAGCCAAAGCCCAGGGCUCACAAAUGGGCAAUCCUUUAUAACGAUCCACCGCGUGGGUAUAAGAUGCACUUUAAUCAGAUUGGCGAUUUUGAGCGCCAAAUGUUUAACCAAAGCAAGUUUGUAAGCAUGAGCCUAGCUGAAAAGGCCGAAAUUAGGACGUUCAAAGACGCGAAUGACCUGGACGAAGUCUUUAAGGAUCUCAAGCGCAAUCAGUGCGACCUAGCGUUUGUGAUUAUUCCCAAAGCCGGUGCUUCCUAUGACAUCAUUAAGCAGAAGGCGGAGCUGCAACAUGGAAUUUUAACACAGUGCAUCAAGCAGUUUACUGUGGAGCGAAAGCUCAAUCCCCAGACCAUUGGAAAUAUCUUACUUAAGGUCAACUCAAAGCUGAAUGGUAUUAACCACAAGCUUAAGGAUGAUCCUCGACUGCCUAUGCUCAAGAACGCUAUGUACCUGGGGGCCGAUGUAACCCAUCCUUCGCCCGAUCAACGCGAGAUCCCCAGUGUGGUGGGCGUGGCAGCGUCGCAUGAUCCUCAUGGUGCCUCUUACAAUAUGCAGUAUCGGCUGCAGCGAAGUGCUCUCGAGGAAAUCGAGGACAUGUUUUCGAUUACUUUGGAGCAUUUGCGUGUAUAUCAUCAGUACCGCAAGUGUUACCCGGAACAUAUUCUCUAUUACCGAGAUGGCGUGAGCGAUGGACAAUUUCCCAAAAUUAAGAACGAGGAACUAAGAGGCAUAAGUGCAGCCUGUGCCAAGGAGGGUAUUAAACCCAAGAUUUGCUGCGUUAUCGUGGUAAAGCGUCACCAUACUCGAUUCUUCCCCAAUGGCGAACCAUCCCAAUACAACAAGUUUAACAACGUUGACCCCGGAACCGUGGUUGACCGCACAAUUGUUCAUCCCAACGAGAUGCAAUUCUUCAUGGUCAGCCAUCAGUCUAUCCAGGGGACAGCCAAGCCGACGCGCUACAAUGUGAUCGAGAAUACCGGCAAUCUGGACAUCGAUCUGUUGCAACAGUUGACAUAUAACUUAUGUCACAUGUUCCCUCGUUGUAAUCGAUCUGUUUCGUACCCGGCUCCGGCUUACUUGGCUCAUUUAGUGGCAGCCCGUGGCCGCGUCUAUCUCACUGGGACUUCAGUUUUCAUGGAUUUGAAAAAGGAGUACGCGAAACGCCAGAUUGUGCCCGAGUUCAUGAAGACAAAUCCCAUGUAUUUUGUCUAAUCCAAAAAUACAAUUUUUUUUAUUUUUCCUCAUUUUUAUAUUUAUCACAUUUUUUAAACCAUAUUCAUAUAAUUCUGAUGUAAACAACGUACUCUGUCGAUUUCAUUAUAAGAUUGCUUUUAAAGUGACUUAUCGUGUGUGGCCACCUGAGAUGGGGAAACGCAUAUUUAAAUCGACAGGAUGCCGUCUUUACUUCGGUCAUAUUAAUAAUCUUUAAAUAAUAAUAAAAUAAUACAAUCAACUCCCUUGGUUGAAACAAAA